GUUUUCGUGUCAAAGAAAACGUGAAGGACACUGAAGUCUCUUUGUACCUUCUCUCCGUUGUGUUUUGCGUCUUACAGUUAUUAAAUUUUGUUUACAAGGACCGGGGCAGCGGUGAUGCAUCAACUUGACUUCCAUCGGUUGACGUGCAUGCGUGAGUGACAGUGAAUCCUUCAGUAAGAUGUCAAACUGAAGAGGAUAUGAAGGGAUGUUGCGUUUGGAUGUGAUGUGACUUGACACGUAGCACUGAGCGGGUGACCUGUUACGUGCCGAUUAAAGAUGCGACCUGAAGUGAUGACCUAACGUCAGAAGUGGCACAGGAGACCGGACCGGGAGCCGACUGGUUCCAUGUGGCACGCAGGGAGGCGUUGCGUCAGCAGUCGAAAGGUGACCCGCCCUAUGCGCCGCCUGCCCCUCCUCACGCGAGUCCUAUGACGCCACGACAUGGCAGACGGAAGCGCCGCCCUCGAUCUCUCACGGAACCUCCUGGACGACCUCUUCUCGCACGCCCACGCUGCCCUCAUUGGCGAGGACCGAGGCCUCCAGGCAGGCGGAGGCCACGGGCACAAGCGCAAGGGCGCGGAGACCCACGGGUUCAAGCGCAAGACCUUGUUCCUGUCCGCCGUCGGCGAGGCGGCGGCGAGGCCCUUCGGAGACGGCUCCAAGAGGACUCCUUCGGCCCCCUCGGAAACGAACGGGUCCUCGCGCGGUCACGCCCCGAGGCUCACUUGUGUCCUGCCGCCCGCACCGCCCGCCCGCGCGAAGGAGACGAUCCUCAGAGUGCCUCUGCGGACGCCGCCCGGUUGCGCGACGUGCCCUCCGAUGCCCACGUGCCUCGCCAAGACGCCGUGCCUCACCACUGCCACGUGCCUCGCCAAGUCCGCGUGCCUUCCCACGCCCACGACGCUCCCCCGCCCCGCUGCGCCCUCGCCCCGCAAAAUCCUGAAGAGAGCGAGCGCACAAAAGCCGCUGAAGCCGUCCCCUUCCACGCCCGCGGCUUCCCCUCCGCCCACGACGUACCUGACUUCCCCGCCCGCAGAUCUGGCAACGCCGCCCGCGUACAUGACGUCGACCACACAUCCAGUCGCCCCCGAUAUCCUGACGUCGUACCUGACGCCGCUGCCGACGUAUCUAGCGCAGUUCUACGCUCGGUUGACGUCAUCGGCGGCGACGCGGCUGGCGACGCGCUUCUCCUCCUUGUCCUCCUCCCUCUCCCCUCCCCCUUCCCCUCUCCUCUUCAUCCUCCUUCCUCCUCCUCUUCCUCUUUCUCCCCUUCCUUCUCCGCCCCGACAGCCACAGACGAUGAGAGAUUUUCCCCGAAGAGAGAAGUGGAAGAGGAACUCGAAGGGAAGAAGGCGUGCGUCGUGUGCGGAGACCACGCCCCCUUCCUGCAGCCGAGCGCCGCCCUCGUCUGCGACUCCUGCAGGGCCUUCUUCUGGAGGAGUGUCGUGGACGCGUCUUACAAGGACUUCGCCUGCGCUAACAGCUGGGGUUGCAUGGUCACUGUGUCAGCGAGGAGGGCCUGUCAAGCCUGCAGAUUUUUUAGCUGUCUGCGGGCGGGGAUGGACAUCUCGCGGGCCAAAGGGGAGGAAGAUGAGGAGUCUCCUGGACCCUCGCGCUCUCCUCAUGCGAGUCCAUCAUGCGUCACGGAGACGACAGGCGCCGAAAGAGCUGCCAGCACUUCCCGAGGUUCCUCCCGGACGUCCGGGUCUCUGGGGCCUUCAGAGCCUCCGGUGAGCCCGCACUUGAGGUCUAGUCAUUCUACCAUUCCCCUCGCGGCGUCCCACUUGAGGGCCGGACACCAUUCCUCCGGCCCGCGCGCGCCCGGUUCGGGUCCUACCGCCCGCGUCUUCGUCUCUCCUGACGGUGCCCAGCGCUCGGUCAUCACCUCGAGCUCGUCGAUUCAGGAUCCCUUGUCUGCUCCCAUUAAGACAGAGGAUUCGCCUUCCUUUAAGUAUCCUGCGCGGUCCGUCAUUCAGAGCGCCCUGGGGUCGUCGUCGGCGCCGUUCCGUCCGCCGAGAAGCCAGGAGAGAAGAAGGAAGCCGGCGCCUGGGGCUGCGAGUUCGGAUCCGGGCGAAGCGGCUUCGAGCGGACAGAGCAACAGCACCGCUACGCCUCCUCCUGUACUUAACAUGAAAGAUCUGGAGUCCCUCCUGACGCCUGAGGAUUUCACGGACCUGCGGGAGCUCGAGGAGUCCUACCACCGAGCGUUCGAGAACAUUUCCCUGCCCAUGGAGAACCGCAUGAUCAAGCCGGACGAACUGAGCAAACUGUACAGCUUCUUCAUCAAGCGGCGCGCGAACUUCCUGGUGAGCACGUUGCUGUACAGCACCCUGGCGCCCGCCGACCGACCGAAGCUCCUGAGGAUCGCGGUGUCCAUGUGCACCUACAUCACCGGCGCCCACCUCAUGGACACGCGGAACUACAUGUGGCCAAAGCAGGGGGAGGCGCUGGCCAGCCCCCCCACCCCCAUGCUGACCGCCGCCACCAUCCGCCAGUACCUGUCGCACGAGCAGUUCAUUCGCCUCAUGCGCUUCUACGUCAAUUAUUCCUCGUAUUACUGCGACGAGAGAAUAGCCAUCAUGAUGCAGGUCUUGUCCCUGGCCUACCCGGAGACAGGGCUGGCGGAUCCUGCCGUGGUGGAAGAAGGCAGGAGGCGCUACGGCGGCCUCCUGUCGCGCUACCUGCUGGCGGUGUACGGUCCCGAGGCGGGCGUCAGCAUGUUCAGGGCGCUCCUCAGCAGCCAGGUCGAGAUGAGGCAGCUGGUGGAGAUCAACCAGCACGUGGAGUUGGUGCCUCGCGUGUCCAGACAAGAGGACGUGAACGCCGGGGCGGCGCUGAACAAGGGGAUCCAGCUGGUGUGUGACGGUGCCAUGGAGAUAAUCGAUCAGCUGAUGAGGCAGCAGGGAAGUCUCCGUGAGAACGGCCUCAUCUUGGAGCUGCAGCAGAGAGCUCGCGCCCUCGCGGUGGUCAGGCCCGAAGGCGAGGCCAAAGUGGACGACCCCGAGCACCUGGUUGUGAUCAAAGACGUGCUGCGGCGGCUGGCCAAUUGCAACGACCCGAAACUCCUGGCGGACGCCCGGCGAAUCAUACCCACGGACCGCCUGAAACAGUUUCAUAAAAUGCUCGAGUGAGAAGUGAAUUCUCCGAGACGUUAUUAGGUGUGUGGCGAAUUGGUCUCGAAUAAAGACAGAAGUUACAAAAAAAAAAAAAAAAAAAAAAAAAAAAAAAAUUGAAAUUAAAAA